AUGAAGGAAGAAAAUUACACACCAGAUGGUUCCAGUAGCAGCUGUAGCAGUAGUUACACGAAGAAUCUGGAUUUUAGAGAAAUUCAAAAGGAAAUAAGCGAAUUUAAAAUUAAGCAAAAUGAGACAUUCAAUUUUUAUCUAGACAGUAUUGACAAAUUGCUGGAAAAAGUUCAAAAGGCCAAAAAAAAUGUAGAAGAAAAAAUUAAGAACAAAAAAAAAGACACCGUUAAGAGCGCAAGCGAUAAAAUGCGUGGAAAUGGAAAUGUGCAUGGAAGUAGUGACCAGAUUAAUCUCAACAUUGUGAAUACAAGUGAAGAAAAAAACAAGUACGAUAUUAAGGAGCUAAUAAAAGACGUCAAAGGAUUGAAAAUUACAGAAAAGGUGAGUGAAGAAAAUAAAAAAUUUUACAACAUUCUGUUGUCAUCUUAUAGGGGCAUCAUAUCAUUGAUAAAACAAGAAACUCCAGAAAUUUUCAACCAUGUUAAUAUAAAAAAAAGUGUUAUCCUUAGAUUAAUUCUACUGCACUUUUUGCAAAAGGGCGAUUUCUUUAUGUACUACGUGUUAAAUAAAGAAAUUCUGAAAAAAAAACAAAAAAAAAAAAUGGAAAAGGAUGCGCCUGUGGUGAGUACAUUGGGCCAGAAUUCUGCCCCGAAUGACAAGAUACAAUUUUGCAAGCAAGAGAAGGUGGAGGCGGAUGGGUCGCUGGUAGGCGACAGGAAUAGACCAUCCGAAUGCUGCGCUAAUAAUAGCGAUGGCAAAAGUGGGCAGGAGCAGCGGACUGUCCAAUCGGUCCAGUCAAACGCGCGAAAGGGGGACGAAGCGUUGUAUAAUGGGAACCCAUUUCGGGGUGUGCCCGUCGAGGAGGGGAGAUUGCAAAAUGCCGAUCAGGCUGGCUCCCCAAAUGAGGACCCUCCUUACUGUCUACACACCACAGAAGUCCCAGCGGUGAGUUUCUCCAAGAAGGAUAAGAUAAAUCCCGAGGGACAGCGCUAUACAGUCCUACUCAACAACAUAAAAUAUGCCAAAUUUGUGUAUUCAAAGAGUGAUUUAUUUUCCCAGCUGAAAAAAGAAUAUAUAAGCAAAAUAUCAUUUGAAAAUGACACAGAAAAGAUCGACUUUGAGCAUGCAUUAAUUGAGAAAGAAAUAUUCGAGGGAUACACAAAACUGCACAGGAUUUUGUACAACCUGAAGAAGUUCCAAGUGGACACGUGUAUCGAGUGGUAUAAUAAUUGUAGUGAAACGACGAGGAAGAAGUAUGUCAAGCUAAUUUAUUUGCUACAGUGUAUUAAUUAUUUAAUGUAUUCGAAGGAGGAUAGGGAGAAGGCACUUAGCUGCUUAAGGGACCUGAUGAUAAACUACAGUGAAAAUAAAUCGCACAUAUCGAGACUGAGCACGUUCAUUUGCAUCGGUGUGGAUAACGUUUUCUUCAAAAAUAUGUUUUCCAAUGUGCAUUCGAAAGUUUUCAAUUUUUUUAAGAGAGCUUUUAAUGAGGAGGGGAUUCACAUCCCCGUGCCCAGGAAGGACAAAGGGACCAAACAAGGCGGUCAAAGUUGUGAAAAUUGCGAAAAUGGUCCACACGAUCCAAAUGGUCAAAAUUGUCCAAAUUGUCCAAAUCGCCAGAGGCGUGACCUAUCCCACGAUGCGACUGCACAUUAUCGUGACAAGAAGGAAGGAACCAGUUUGGCUAGCCAAAUGUCAGAGAAAAGGAAAAAAAAAAAAAGAAAAAACAAAAAUUUAAGCUCUGGUCAAAGUAGUGAGAAUAACCAGGAUGCACCCUCCGAUGAUGAUCGCCGGGAUAACCGAACUAUCAGCGCUUUGUCCAAAAGAAAGGAAAAAAAACUGGCCAAAUUGAUCCAAAACAGAAAUGAGAAAAUGAAAAAAAUAAAAACGAAUGAGCACAUUUUGAAGAGAAAAAUAAAGAAAAAUAAAGAAAAUGUGAUAGGGAAAAAAUCCAAGAAGAAGAAGAAGAAAAAAAAAAAAAAUAUACACCCUGCAAGUAUGACACAUCAGCAGGUAUACGGCCUCAGCAACAAAAUCAGGAGCACUCAGGGGCCAUUAAUUCAUAAUGAUAUAUAUAAAGAAAAGUACGUUCACUACUAUUCUGACGAUACAUAUGGCAACACGGGGGAAGAGGAAGAUGGCACUCUGCCGUUAAGCGAAACUUUUAUAGAAAAUCGAAUAGAUGAGUUUAUGAGAAAUGAAAAGAGGAUGAGUAAUCCAUUUUUUUACGACACAGCAGAUGAGCAUUAUGUAAAUGGAGAGAGCUUGAUUUUGCCUGAUGUUAGAUACGCCAGUCUUGGAAGGAGAAGACACAAUGACGGCGUUUGUGUUGGAAGAGCAAAGUUGUCCCGGGGAGACAGCGAACAGGAUGACAAAUUGAACAAAGGUUGGUAUAGUCACGUUUUCAAAUGCACUAAGGAUGUUUUUGUAGAAGUAAAUGCAGGAAACAAUGAUGCCAAUUUUUCAAGGAACGAAAAGGACGAAGACCAAAGUUGGAAAAACGAUUACAAUUAUCAUCAUCAUCGCAGAUAUAAGAAUGAGAAGAAGGAACCAGAAGCUGUCUAUUUGUAUGAACUGAGCGAAAAUGAAUUUUCACACAUGUACCAAAAUGAUAGCACCUAUAUAACCUACAAAACGUUAAAGAAAGCAACACAAUUUUAUGAUCAUAAUGACACCAAAAUUGUGGGAAGCACGAAUAAAAAUUUAAAUAGUGGCUAUACAAACUUUCUAAAUGUCAGUAGCACAUAUUGUACAAACAAUUCUUACUAUGAGAGGGGGGGUUCCCAUUUAUGUUUUCCGCAUAAUAGGGGUAAUGAAUAUGUCAGCUUUUGCAAACAACCAGGUGGUUACAAUUGUAACAUUUCGGAGAUACAUUCAUUUCGUGCGCUAACGAACUCGUGCUUUAUGAAAAAGCCAAACAGUUUGAAGAGGAAAUUUGCCAAGUGUAAAUAUUUAGCGCGUAAUAGUAAAAGUGAAAAAAUGAGCGACAAGAAGAAAAAAAAAAUGGAUACUACUUUAUCGUCCACUGAGGGUGCAGGCAGCAUGUAUGUAGGGGAUGCCGCUAGUAGCGUAGCGUUGUUAUCACAGGAAGAGGAAAAAAAAAUCAGCAUAGGACAGGGCAAAACCGAGAAUGUUACUAACCCAGCCAUCUGUGACAAACAGAAGGAAAACAAGAAUAGGGGGGAAAAAGAGAAGGAAAAACAAGAUGACGAUGAUGAUGUAGUGGUAGGUGACAUAAUCAAUAGCAGUAGUGGUACCCUCUCAACAAAAGUUAAAAAUGUGGAUGAAGAUUUUGAAUCGUUUAAGGAGCAGCUGGGGGGAGGUACAGAGCAGUGGACUAGUAGCUCUCAAAGUAACAGAACCCCCAGCUCGGAUAGAGCCAUGAUGGACUCCAGUGAGGACGACUUUCAGUUCUCCACCUCUGCCAGUUCGGACGAAAAUACAGAAAAAGAUCUCAACAAAGUGAAAGAACAAGUAGAUUUAAUAAAGGAAGAUUUCAUAAAAAAGAACACUGCCAUUGCUUUGCUAAACACGAAUAAUAUACAGGCAUACAAUAGGGCUAUAUUAGCAGCUAAAAACACGAGGGCAAACAAAACUCCCGCCGAUGUCACCAGAAUAAAUAAGGGAAAGGGAAAUGAAGACAAGGAGGGAGAAAAGGCAGACACGUUCCAUGAGGGAGUAGAAAAGAAGAAAGAACAACAAAGUGUAGAACAAACACAAGUGGGGCACAAUGUCCCAUCUGUAGAGGAAAUGCCUCAAGAGAACGUCCAAGAUGAUGAUAAAAUAAUUGCUCCAUCGAAUUCGAAUGCCGAGAAUGCCCCUGCUACCGGGGAAGGAAGAGCCGCCGAGGAUUUGCCAACCCAGUCUAAAGGCGGGACCCUGCCCGAAAAUGCUCAAGAGGGUGAACCAAAAAUUGAAGCAAAGGAAAUGGUUUUAUCUGAAAAAUGCGAAGAAGGAAAGGAAGAUGAUGGUGGUGAGAUGCACACAAAGCAGCAGGACGGUAACAGCGAAUCUGCCGAAAAGGUAGAAGACUCGCAUGGUACCUUAACGGAACAGAGAGAUAUUGCGGCAGGCAGCAGGGACCAGACUAGGAACAACCCAAGUGGUGCUGGUAACAAUGAGAACUAUACUGCUGCGCAGAGCGGGAAGGAAAUUCAUCAGAACUGUUCAGAGGCAACGGUCGGAAAGGAUGAAAAACAGAAUAGCAAGGAGGGAGCAGCGCACGAGGGGAUGACUGCACUGGAAGCAGAAGGCCACAGGAUAGACGCCCCAGUAGAGGAAAACCCCAUAAAUGAAGCAGUCGACAGCAAACGAAGCGAAGGGGCCAGGAAAAAUGUGCGCAAGGAAAAAGACACAGGCGCAGGAAAAGAACCAGACGAAAAGGAUCACCCACAGGAUCUCUCCAAGCACUCGAAGGACGGAGAAAAGGUGAAGGGAAAGGAAAACACGGAGGUAAAACGCAGGAAGGAAAAGAAGGGUGCUUUCCUGGGGUCCUACAAAAAGAACUUCAAGAAGAGGAGAUAUGACCCCAAUUUUUUUUACGACGAAAAGAUGGAAGUCAAGAUGAAGAGAAAUAAAAACGACAGAAGUGACAGCAAGGUCGCUAAGAGUAAAAAAGAUGGUUGGGGUUGCUUCAGGAGCGUCAAGUGCGUAGCAGGUAAAAAAGGCCGUCGUAGAAGAGGCCGAGACAGCGACAGCAACGGCGAAGGAAAGAACAAAAAGGACUCUAGCAAAAAGGACAAAAAAAAAAAUAAAGGGAAAAAGAACAAAAACGACAAUAAGGGGGAGCCACAAGAUAGUAAGGACGCCGGAGAUAAGAACUGCGCAAGUUGUGGAGACGUCGAGAUUCAGAAAGGAAUGGACAAGAGCUGCAAGGAGAAAAAGGUUUACAUCCACUUGGAGAGCCCCCUAUCCGUUCUGGUGUGCGGAGGACUGAUCUCCUCGAAGAAGCUUAUAGAGGCGCAGGCCAUCCUGAAGGAAAAUAACAGAAGACUAGAGGAGGCGAAGAACAGCUCGUCCCUAACAUUUGCUAGCGAAAGACAUGGAGACAAAUGCUUUGAAAAAUUUGGAAAGGAUAAAAAUAAAAAGAGCAAGGGAAAUGGUGCUCUCUUUUCAAACUCCCUGGCGGUAGAAGUGGAUUUGAGUGGAUGUUUUUUUUUCCACUCCUCCUUUACCUGCCCCAUUAGUAGGGACAAAUCAUCCAAGGACAAUCCACCCUACGUUCUGAGAUGCGGACACGCCAUUUGCAAGAACUGCGUGGACAAAAUUCACGCCCAGAGGUCCAGACAGUUCAAGUGCCCAAUGUGCCCGCAGUACCUGCAUUUAAUAGAGAUAAUUCCUCUGUACUUUAACUAG